AUGUUCAGGCUUAUCUUCAAGUCGAGACAAUCUUCAGAUGAAACUCGGCCCAAGUCAUGGUCGGGUAAGCCAGAAUCUGUGCCCACUGCUGCUACCGAGCCCUUUGUUCGCCACGCUAGCGCCAAUGUCAUCGUCCCAAGCCGAUACAGCUCGUCAGAACAACCAGCAUCAAGGACGCGAAGUAUUCGCGAGGAAACUGGUGACGACGACGACGACUGCGAUUCAAGCUGGAGGAAGCGACAAACUCACUGCGUCAACUGCGAGUGUUUGUUCUUCACUGCUCUUUCAUCUUUGAGUUGCGAUACAGGGAGAUUCUGUUCACUGGACUGCAAAACCAGCUUCGAAUACGUAAAUCAUCUUGAAGAAGUGCUUGCUGCGCACAUGCGUGGAGGUAGUGACGCCACGAGCGAUUCUUUGGGUUCAAGCUCGGAUGAAGAUGACUAUGAGGUUGAAGAAUUCGAUCUUGAUCAGCUUUGA